CCACGUUCCAUCGGGCAACCGCGCUGUUCGCCACGCGAGCCGAAAGGGCCUUGAAGGGGUCCUCGAACAAGAUUGAGUCGUCUUGAAUGUGCCUGUAUUGCGAAGAGGCCGCUUUUUUCCCUGCGGGAGUUCAACACAAGGUGUUCGAGAAGCGGAAAACCAGGGUGUGUGGAACGGGGCGGGCCAUCUUCCCGUGUGGAGCGGAUGAAGUCGGACUAGAGGAAGACGUCCGAUCAGGCAGGAGUUAGACACCUGCGAAGGAGAGGCACCUCGGUGGCGCUGAUGUAGCCGGCACGGAGUUGGGGAUCGAGGCGGUCUCGCGAAGCAGCUUGAAAUAGCUUCCACAACGUCUGACUUUCUGUGCAGAUUGUGGCCCUUGCCCACACCCACAAAGAUGAAUGGCUGGAUUUUGAGCACGGCCUGCCGCUCCAUAAUCCUUCUACUGCUCUUGAGUGGUGCUUUUGCCCGGAGGAGCCAAGAUCUUCGCUGUGGAGCAUGCCGGGCCCUGGUGGAUGAGCUGGAGUGGGAAAUUUCUCAGGUUGACCCCAAGAAAACCAUCCAGAUAGGUUCCUUUCGCAUCAACCCAGAUGGAAGCCAGUCCAUUGUAGAGGUGCCUUAUGCCAGAUCUGAAGCUCACUUGACAGAAUUGUUGGAGCGUGUCUGUGAGAAAAUGAAUGACUAUGGGGAGAAAGUAGAUCCUUCCACCAACCGGAAAAACUAUGUGAGAGUGAUCUCUCAUGACGGAACCAAGAUGGACCUUUCUGAAACCAAAAUUGAUGGUGAUGUAACAUCCAGCCUGAAGUUUGCAUGUGAAAGUAUAGCUGAAGAGUAUGAAGAUGAGCUCAUAGAAUUCUUCUCCCAUGAGGCAGAAAAUGUCAAGGACCGACUAUGCAGCAAACGAACAGAUCUUUGUGACCACGCCUUGCAUCUCUCACAUGAUGAACUGUGAAAUGCAAAGGCUUGAUGGAUGGGUUUAUUCGUUCUUUGAAGACCACCUCCCCUUUUCCAGCUCCUUUAAGUCUGUUCCAAAAACCUCCUUUCCAUUUUGGGAUGUGCUCGCUACAUUCGGUCUGGAAACCCAACGACUGGACAGGCAAAAGAAAACAUGAGCAAAGCUUCUUUGUAGACUUUCUUUAGGAAAACAAAAGAUGCUGUGUCCCCACUUGACUUUUUGUAAAAGUCUGCAAUUAUAAAACCUCUCAUUUGGAACAGAAGAAACUUCCAUUUCAGGAGUGCGGUUCAUUUUUUUCUACUGCAUUGACAAUGAUUCUGUGAUAUGUAUUUUUUUUAAGAAAAUGCUAUUGUCAUUCUGCAGAUGAAUUAAUCUGUAUGUUGAGUCAGGAACUAGCCACACGAUACAUGGAUUCCCUCCAAAGUUCACUAAAACUUGAAUAAUUGAAUAUUAUGAGUUCUAUUAUUCUGCUACUAUUUUAUCAUUACACUAGGCAGGUGAUUUCAUUUCUCUAUGUAACCUCUUGCAUAGGAAGAGCAUAAUAGAAGAAGGCUCCCACAUAUUCAUUCCAAACAAGGAGCUGCUGUAAAGAAAAUCAAUGGCAUAAGAGCGAAAAGGUUGACUAGCCACGUGGAGGACCAAGUUGUUGUCCAGUAACUAUUUGACAUUGUUUGUACAAUAGAUAUAUUGGAUUACUUCUUGGAUCUGUUGUGUUGUGUGGAAAGUCUUCAUACAAUAUCAGAGUGGCCUUCGUGAAUUGUUCACUGUGAUAUGGGAACUUCAUAUGAACCAGCUGGGCUAGAUUGCAAGCCAGUCUGAAACUGCUUUGUCAGGUUCCUUUUGAAUCAAUGGGCUGAUCUUUGGGGAAGGCCAAUGUCCAUUUUAUAGAAUCCAAGAAGGUGCUGGUUUGAAGCAUCAAGCAUUUGGAAAAUUAGGGAAAGGUGGGUCAGAUGAUAUUCUUCAAAGGGCUUUUUAAACAUUUGAUAUCUUUUCCUCUUAUCACUUAUUUUCAGAAUUUUGGAUUAAAAGUCUGUCAGUGAUGGCAAGAAAAUAAAUCAUGCUGUGAUUCA